UCCUGGUCUGUACCGGCCCAGCUUUGAAACCUGCAUCCUCACCGACCCACUUUCCUCGCCGCUCUUAUUGCAUUGCCGCCCUCCCAUUCAUUCCUCCCCUCUGCCCUCCUGGGGCUUUUCUCGUGCCUUCCUCCCGUCGACUCCCCUUCGUCCUUUGACGCCCAGCUUGCCCCCUUCGACCGCCUCCCACAUCCCGAUCUCCCCCUUCAAGUUCCCCCACGCCCCAACCAAGUAGGGAGGCUGGGAAAGCAUGUGUGUCCCUUUAAGAGCCUUCUUUCUUCGCCUCACGUGUAUGAUCAGCUGACAGUGACGCUACAGGGGGAAACUCUCCCUGUUCCUGAAACAUCGGGCGCUGCAGCGGGUUGCACGGGCGCCUGGUUGGGCUGGGCUCGUGUUUUGCUUCUCAGGCGUCUGCUGGGUCUGGCUGCAAAAGCAGCGCUGCUACCGUUGCUGAGUGCUUGCUCGCUGAGACUGAGCGAAGAGGGAAGCGUGCCGGGUUCUCGCAGGCAGAGACGGUGCAGGGCGAGCAGCGGUGCAUUGGCAGCCUCGGAGAUCCAGUCCUUGCCCAUCCAGUUACUGAGACCGCUGACCGAGAUCUCCCUGAUUCCCCCCCCCCCGGGAAGCUUCCUCACAGCGACGGCAACUCCAUACCGUAGUCCCUGAGAUUUUUCCUUCCUUAGGAGCCGCUGAGACGACAGCCACUUCUUAUCAGUCUCCAGACGUUUUCACCCACCUUGAGACUGCUUGAUAAGAAGCAGGCUACUCUGUGACCUAUUAACGCCUAAUCCCAGUUGUUACCCUAGUUCAUGGAUUAUCUGAAAACUGCAGUAAACUAGAAUGUCUGGAUGUAUCCAGCUUUCAUAUGCUGUUUGUAGAGUUGGCAUUUACACGUGUUUUCGAGCACUUUGCUGCAAAGGGCCUCCACCACCACGACCAGAGUAUGACUUGGUUUGCAUAGGUCUCACUGGCUCUGGCAAGACUAGUCUACUGUCUCAGCUCUGCAGUGAAAAUAGAGAUAAUAUAGUAUCGACGACAGGUUUUAGCAUAAAAGCAGUGCCAUUCCAGAAUGCCAUCUUGAAUGUAAAAGAGCUUGGAGGAGCUGACAAUAUUAGGAAGUACUGGAGUCGUUACUACCAAGGAUCCCAAGGAGUAAUAUUUGUAUUAGACAGUGCCUCUUCAGAAGAUGAUUUAGAAAUUGCUAGAAAUGAACUGCACUCUGCGCUUCAGCAUCCACAGUUAUGCACUUUGCCAUUUUUAAUAUUGGCCAAUCAUCAGGACAAGCCAGCAGCUCGUUCAGUACAAGAGAUCAAAAAGUAUUUGGAACUUGAACCACUUGCACGAGGAAAACGCUGGAUACUUAAGCCCUGCUCCUUGGAUGAUAUGGAAGCAGUAAAAGACAGCUUUGGCCUGCUGAUAAAUUUACUAGAAGACAGAGACCUUGAGCCUUCAAGAAUGUGAAGAAAACUCAGAUGGUUCUCACACAGCAUUGUUCCUGUUUGUCUCGCCUUCAGCUGAAUUAUGGUUUGGUAUACAGAAGACUGUGUUAGAGCUUGCAAUAAAUAUAUUUUUGCAUUUAGCCUGGAAAGCCUGUUUAUAAGUUCUGUGAAUCAGGUUUGUGAUUCUUUUCAGUAAUGUUGUCUAUGCUGAAAUGGAGAGAACCUUUAGUUUACCAACAAUUCUGUGUACCGUAUGCCAUUUUUAUGCAUUGUUGUUAGAAGAACCUUAAUGCAGAAUUUUGCUGCAUAUACAAAAUUUAAAAGAAUCUGUAACUGGAUACUAAAAGAUCUAGUGAUGUUCCUGAAAAGAAAAUAUGUUUUGCAGGUCUCUGGCCAUUACUUGUGUAAUUAUGCGGGAUGAGCACACAAUCUAUCUGGAAAUUAUAGUUGCUGAGAACCACAGUAGAUUCUGAAGCCAAGCAACACAUUUUUAAUACAAAGACUAGUCAGAAGCCUUAUUGAAUGCAAACACCUACCUUUUAACAUUUACAGUUUUAAUUCUUUUUAGAGACGAACCAUUGAUUUAGCAGCAGGUGAGGCAAUGACAAUAGGCAUAUCAGUAUUUUGUUAUCCAUCAAUUUGGAAGCAUCUCAAGUGCUCAAAAAAUAGCCUUUGUAAAUUGUAGAUGUCAGUUAAGCUGAUGAUUGUGUAAAAUUGUGGUGAAAUCGGGGCUAACUUCUAGUACAGAUAACGGAGCAUGAACAAUAAGCAGGUUUAAAUAAUCACUGGAUGUAUUCUAUAUAACUAGUAUUAUGCUAGAAGUCCUAGAGGCCAUGGAAUUAUUUUUUAUUUUUAAAAGUCAGUGUCUUGGAACUAUACUCAAAAGUCUGUGUUUCUUAAAUACCCCUAUUUUCAGGGGAUCCAAGCUGUACCAGACUGAAUGUUGGUAGAAAGCUUUUCACCCAGAGCAUAGUAUGUUUUUGUUGUUGUUUUUGUUAUAUGUGACAGCACUCCAUUUAGUUCCAGGAAUGUAUACCUUUCUCUCCCCAGGUUUACCUAGUCUUGAAGCCCGCAGACUGCUUCAGAGCUCAAUACUGCCUUGGUUGUAGCAGUCAAUGGUGCAGCACUAUGAAACUGGGCUCUCGGCAGUGGCAUUGCUUGUGCGUACCAGGAUGGGGGAAGGACAAGGCAUCAGCCAGUUGGGAACAGUGCAGGUGCACAGUGGAAGCACCAGAUUGGGCCUGCCAGUAGGCCUGCACCACUGUGUCCUCACUGCCAUCAUGCCUCACCCACAUUCCAUCCCAGUAGGUGUGUUCAUGUGUUGAAAGCCACCCAGAGUGGCUGGGACAACCCAGCCAGAUGGGCAGGGUAUAAAUAAUAAAAUUAUUAUUAUUACUAUCAUCAUCAUCAGUAAGUGGCAGUGGCACCACUGUCAAGAGGCUAUUCACCCCACCAACCACUCCUGCAUAAUACAGCAGUGGAUAGCUUUUCAUAAGUUGUUUUUGAAUGUUGAAUAUUAUAUUCCUCUACCCAAGUAUGGAGUGGAAUAGAUCUUGGUAAAAUAUUGCAGCAUUGGUGGUUUUGUAGCAUUUGGGCAUCUUUCUGUAUUUUUAGCUUUGUUUUGUUUUAAUUUCCAAAGUUAAAUGCAGAAUAUCUUCCACUUGUAAUUUUUGUAUAAUUUACUCUAAGAUGCUAUUGAAAAGUGAAGGGUAUCAAACAAUUUCUCAAUAUAUAAUGCACUUUGAUCUGUGAACCUACGUUUUUUAUUUUUAUUUUUUAAUAAACAACGUUGGAAUUUUUUUGGGUAACAUCUGUCAUAAGCUGUGAGUUGCUUGUGAAGAAUGCCACAUGGUACAUUAUUUAGUAGUCGGGUGACUGCUAAAUAGGAUUUGGAGCAAAGUGGAGAAAGAGAGCUGAAAGCAAUCGGAGGGCCAGAAAUUCUGACAACUAAAGGUAUGUAUUCAUUUUGCCAUCAUAUUGUACCCAUUUCAAACUUGAAAUGCACCUUUUAUAGAGACUGGAGCUUCAAAUAUUUUAAAAAGUGUUAUGAUUUAUCUCCGAUCAAUAGCUGCCUAAUUUAUUUGAAAGAAAUCAGCGGCAUGGCCCAGGUGGUUCCUGAUAUGUUAUUUUUGACACAGUUGAGGCUUAUGUGUGCAUUUUAAAAUGUGCAAGUAAGAGGGGAUGUGCAGACAAAGAGGGAACAAUAUUCUCACUUGCUUUUUACCCCUUAACUGAUCCCAAUUUCUAUUAGUUCAAAGGAGUGUCUUCACCAGUAGAUGUGCCUCAAACUGUUAAAAGGGGUUUGCCUUCUAGUUUUACAGGGACCAUCCACUACUAUUAAGGGCUUCAAAAGAAGAGCUGAACUAGCAAAACAGAAAAUAAAGCUUUAGCCGCAUUGUAGUGUAAAUACAGACUAGGGUUGGAACCCCAUGCUCACUUUCUUGAAAGCCCCAUUGAACCCACUGGAAGGUUCUUAUGGUUAAAAUGCAUAAGGAUGGGUUGCAGAACCUUUAUGACAAUACCUAAUGACAGGGCCAGCCCAAGACAUUUUGGCACCUGAAGCAAACCAUAAAAUGGCACCGCUCCCAACCAGGGAAGAAGGGGUGAGUGAAGAUCUACAUCAGGAACAAGGGAGGAAAUCAAGGUCUACAUUGCGGCCCCUGUGGAUCGUGCCACCUGACUUGCCUCAUCUUGCCCCUGCCUAGUACACAGGGAAAUAUCACUUAUCAAACAUUUCUGGUGAAAAUUCUUAGAUAACUCCAUGUUGCAUUUCAUACUGCAGGGUGAAACAAUACCUCAUAUCUGCAAAAGGGUGGCAGAGAAGCCCUUUCUUUUUCAUUGUUCUUUGGUGGUUCUGUGUGGUAGCUGAAUUUAAACAUCAGUAGAACUUUGAUGCGUUUAAACUCUUCAUUAAAAGAACACAGUUCAUGAACUAAUGCCAUGUUUCUAUCUAAACUGAUCUUGAAUGUACAUUAAACAGCAACACAGUUCUUCAGGCACUUCAUUGGCCUUCAUCAUACAGAUGAAAUGAAUCCCAUCCCUAAGAAUCUGUGGAAAUUCAUUAAAAAAUGAACAUUGUCUCUUUUCUUUUAUUUAUGAAAGAUGUUGUGGUGUAAGAUCCUUAUAGACAUCUGUCACACUGAUGUAUGUGUGUGCAUGAGAGUGUGUGUGUGUGUGUGUGCGCGCGCGCGCCUGCGCUGGGUUUUUCCUCAGACCUGUGACUGUCUAUACUAGUUUGACAGUAAGAAUAUAAACAUGAUCAAUCUGUAUCCAAGAGGAGCUGUUUUGACAGGCUUCUGACAGACAUCAAAUUCUUUACAACUGUCAGUGACUCCUUUUGUCUAUCAGUUCUGAGAUUCUCACUGUGUUGUUUCCAUGUUUAUAUCCUGUGCUAAUAUUUCUGGAAGUACUAGCCUUUUUGAACAUCUUUAAUGUGUUCAGUAUUCUUUAUCCUCCUCUGUAUAAUGUGUCAUGUGUCUCAGCUUACAUAUGCAAAUACUGUAAAAGAGAAAGACGUGUUGUAAUACUGAGCUUCUUGCAUUUUAUAAGUUAUAGAUGUUAGCAGAUUUUUGUACUUAACAGAGUUGCUUUUUAUAAUGCCAAAUAAUUUAUAUUACCCAGGUUUGUAUAUUAGUUAAUAGCAAUGGUUGACACAGCUAACCCACCAUAUAUCUGAUUUUAUACUAAAAGUACAGAAUUGAUACUUACCACAUUCAUGCAGGCAACUUUGAUGCAGAAAGAACUGUUUGUGAUUUAUAUAACUUACGCUAACCAAAAUGGAAAUAAAUGCUAACCAAAAUGGAAAUAAAUGCUCUGUAGAACACAUAAA